CAGAAUUAUGAAGAAAUAUAAUUUAUGAAUUUUAUGAUAUUGAAACUACAGUGAACUACUUUGCAAUGGUGUAUUUAGAAAUGCUGACUAGGUUUAAAAUAGAAAUAAUGCAAUUACUUAAAAGUAUAGGAUAAUCUAAAUAACAUACACUUCAAAAUUACAUAGGAGUAGAAGAUUUAUAGAUUUCUGGAAGUUCAAAUUAUUGUAUUUAUUACCGCAUUAGUAUUCAAGAAUUCAGAGGAUUAGCUUAGCAGUUUAUACAGCACUGGAUCAACAUGGGAAUAGGCCGCUAUGGCAAGUUGUGUCGAAUCGGAGCAGUCACCGUGAUGGUGUACUUUUUAUUCCAAUAUUUAAUCAUUAUUAAGACACAAACAAAUAAGGUAAACAAUAUGUUAGAUGAUGGUUUAGGACAUACGGAAGGAAUUAUUAUAAAGAGGAAGUGUGAUGACAUUGCUACAUCGAGAACUGAAAUGUUACGAAGAAGGGAUGUUCUUAGGAAGCAUUGCCCCGUGGUAAAACCAAAACCUGACCCUCAUUUGGGACUCUUAGUCAGUGACAAGCAUAAAGUAUUAUUCUGUGAUGUUGCCAAAAUUGGAAGCACAUUUCUGAAAAAAAUGUGGUAUAUAUUGGAGAACAAUUUGCCAGAAAAAGAUCCUAUGAAUAUGAAGAAAAACAUUUUUUCAGUACAUUUUCCACGUUUGGCAGAUUUCAACAUAACAGAGAGGACAAAACGAAUUAAUUCAUACACGAAAAUGAUCUUCACCCGAAAUCCAUACAGUCGAUUAUUUUCCGCCUACCAGAAUAAAUUUGUGACAGUCAAUCCGAGUUAUUGGUCUAUUGCUAAGGGAUUUAUCAAAAGACAUCGCAAAAAUCCCAAAGACCUUUCCAUUCUUUGCGGACAUGAUUUGACAUUUGAGGAAUAUCUCUCAAUUGUCAGUGAAAAUCCCCGAAAUACUCGUUAUAUGGAUUAUCACUGGAGACCGCUGUCCGCAUAUUGUGACCCGUGCUCAAUUGAUUAUGACAUCAUCGGCAAAAUGGAAUCAUUUAAUGAAGAUCUUCAACAUUUUUUGUGUAAAAUUAAUGCUGAAGAUAAAAUUAAUCUGCCGCAUGUCAAUCCACUGGCUCUUCGAAAAUUCAAUGUUAAACUGGAAAUUUCGGAUUCAGUCGGAAACAUAAAAAAAAUUGAUGAAAAGUGUAUCCCAAAAUCAGAGCUGGUCAAUAGGGUGGUUCAGAAUAUGGUAAACCAUGGCUACAUCGAACCCAUUGAUAAGAUUCACAUGGCAGAUAUCCCGAUUAAUUACACACAGAAAGACUUAGUGGAGUUUAUAGGCAGACACAUGAACAAGUCUACAACUGAAAAAUUACUCAGUUUACCCAAGUUAAUCCAGGAUAAUUCGUUCCAUGAUGUUUCACCUGAUGUUUUGAACAAAAUAAAGAAACUUUAUGGAGAGGAUUUUAUAAUGUUUGAUUAUAACAUGUCUGAGUACUAACUCUAUUGAUUCCAAAUAGAAUGUUAAAGGAUCUUUACCCAUUAGUGAAUUUAAAAGCCAUAUAUAAUGAUAAAAUGACAUUUUUUUAAGGAAACUCAAUGUUAAUUGGUCAUCCAUAAUUUCCUCACUUAACCUGAAAUUCUGUAUAGUAAAGGUAUGUAAUCCAACCAGCCAAAAGUGUUCAGAUUAGCAGGUGUUCACAUUUCAAGGUUUGUAAACAAACAUCUACCGUGUAAUUCAAAAUUCAAAAUACACAUCACGACAAUCCAAUACUAAUUUUACCAAAAAAAAUUAAAAACAAAAUGUCUAACUAGAACAGGUGAUGUGUAUAUUUAUAGUGUUGUAAUUCAAAUGAGUAAAAAUUGUCACAAAGAUAUUUAUAAACGAUUUCAAACUAGUGAAAUACAUUUAAAAAACAACUGAAAAAGUAUAACAAAAGUGUUACUCUAAAUUCAUGAUAUAACAAGCACACAAAGUUAUAAGACAAAGAUACCAAAGUUAUUAAAGGCAUUAAACAAAAACAGUUUCAAGAGCUUUAAAUAUAUCAGACAUAACUGUAAGCAUAUUAUUUAGAUAAGAGUUAGUUAGUGUUUUGUAUAUAUGUGUACAAUGCUUUAUCAGUGAAUAAUAAAUCAACAUUAUCAAAAAUUAUCAUGAAAAUGUGAUAACAUGAAAAUAUUGGCGGUUUGGAUUGUGAAUUAUUAUUAUAUAAUAUUAUAUUAUAAGUAUUAUUAUAAGUAGGGCUAAAGGUUUACUAUAAUCCAUAUCUUUCUCAUUAGUGUACAAUUGAUUUUUGUACUUAUUUACAAAGAUCAGUUACCUGGCAGAAGUCUUGUGAGCUUCUUGUUCCCACACAUGC